ACCUGUUCGUGUAUCGACAGAUUUUACACCGUGUCCUCAAAAUUAUGUUUAACGAAGCUGAGCAUUGUUGUUAUUCGGAUUAUAAAAGUCUUAACACAGGUUACAUGACUGAUCAAAAUACUGGCGGAAUAACGACACACCUGUAAACAAAGAUGAGUUUCACGACGAAACUUGGACUCCGUUCCAUUUCACUUUCACUUGUGGUUUGGAUAGUGAACUGUGCAGGUUUACCAUGGCCAGAUUUCGAGAGUGGGUGGUUGCCUAUUAUAAACGGCCUCGAACAUGUUGCUAGACUUAACAUUGACCAUGGUUUAGGAGAAAUUCCUGUUCUGGUUGAUGUGUCGGUAAAAAUCAAGGACAAUAUAUUUCCGGCCUCAGGAUUUCGACCUGAUCACCCGAAAGAGAGAUCUGGACCAAUUGUUUAUAUAUACGAUGACAUGUAUGUCAAUGUAUCAACAUCUCCGGUAGAAGAUCCACUGUACAGAAUAUUUCAUAGAGUACCAUCGCGCUAUAGCGGAGCGAAACCAAAUAUCCUGGGAGAUGCAAAGGUGCGAAUACGAGCUUGGAAACUGACGUCACUUCCGGCAGAGGACUUCAGGCAGUCAGGAAUAAUGUUAAAAGCGAAUACUUCAAAAGUUUCUGAUUCUUACGCUGAAGUGAAUCAUAACCUUGGUGAAAUGCCAUGUCUUGUGGUUGUUCGAAUGAAAAUGCUCCAGGGCGGCCAUGCACUUAUGGCUGAUGGUGUUGGCUCCUCUAUGCAGGUAUUUGCCGAUGUACCAGACAGAACGAAUGCCUAUCUUGUAUAUGGUUACAGCGAUACCACAUUCAGAUUGUGGGUGGACUCUUCAGUUUAUGGAGCAAUUUUUGACGGCAGAAAACAUACAUGGUUUGAUAUGGUUAUAGCCGAGGGCGAGGCCGAGAUCUACGCAUGGAAGUGUCCAACUAUAACACCCCAAUUCAACCAGCGUGUUGUAACAAGAAACUCUAUGGACCAGCUACCGGAACGGUGGAGACUGGAUGUUGAUUAUGAUCUCGAGCCCUCGCUUAUUCGUGUUUCGGUUCAAGCAGAAGAUCCCGGCGGCGCCAAUAUGGGUUUCAGGUUUCCUGGUGGAAUGAAUCUCGGAUAUACUGUUCCGCUAGAAACAGGAAAUUCCGUAAAACAUCCGACUGUUGGUGGCCUUUCGUAUACCUACAGGGUGGCGGCGAGAAAUGUUUAUUUUUGGCAGCCGAUGUAUGAUGUCUUCGAUAAAUCUACUAUAUUUAUCGCGGAAUCGUUUGGCGGCGGAACAAAUACUGAAAUAUCUAAGAGCGAGUCAGUCUACAUCUAUAGCUGGAUCUACAACAAAAAUGGUGGAUGUCCGGCACCGGUCAUUCCAAAUGGAAUUGUAGACAUGCCAGUCAACGGAACGUCAACUGGCGCACGUGCAGAAGUACGUUAUGAGGAGGAAUUUAUGCUUUCACCGGAAGAUACGUUUAACUUUUACGACGAAAAGUUAACAAUAACUUGCAAUAAGUUUGGAUACUGGGAGAAAUAUGCCCAGAUGUAUGCCCAAAGAUGGAAUCUGUGA